ACAACAACAACAACAACAACAACAUCAACAUCAACAUCAACACUCAACUCAAUCACAAACGUCUCACACAGGAAACAUAAACAUGUUUCGCACACGGUUUGUCAACACGAUCACAGUUUUCUAUAACUAACGGUGAACAUGGAAUGUGUGCGAACGGGUAAGGCCAAAAUCAUAUCAACUUCAGCACCCCAAAAUAACAUCAAUUUAAGACAGUGGGUUCGCAGAAAGAUCAAUAACAUCCUCUGCAUUCUAAACACCCUGUCACAAUUACACCGACAUCGCACGAUCAGUCGAUCGACAACAUCAAGGUGCAUUGACACUGUCUACUAUCAAUCAACCAUUCUCAAUUCACAAUUUAACCACAUUCACAUCAAAACAUCAACUAUAAACUAUUCCAUCUCUUCAGCACCAUUAUCACAAAAACACUUUCAACAACAACACUCAUCAACACAUCUAUAAAACCAUCCAUCCAUUCAUCCAACAAUCCACCAAUCAAUCUAUCAAUCAAACUAUCAAACAAUCAAACUAUCCUAUCGACGGUCAACCUAAUCACAUCACGUCAAAAAUAAACACAAUCUCACACUCACAAAUACUCAACACUAUUCACAUCACCAUCAACAAACUCAUCAUACCACAUUCCUAGAACAACAACAACAACAACAACA